AUCACUGCAGGGCAUCCACAGCAAUGGCCUCCUCUGCCGACGCAUACGCCGCCGCGCGCCGCCUCGUCGACGAGGCACACGCCGCCGACCCCAAGGGCGAGGAGCUGCACUACGCCGACGGCGUCGAGCGCUGGGCCGCGGCGCUCGCCGCCAGGCCCUUCUACGCCGCGCUCGCCGCCGCCGAGGCGCCCGAGCUGCUGGCGCUCGCCGCGCGCUGCCAGCACCUCGAGCGCUUCGCCACGCCGCGCGACUCGUUUCCCGAGGGCAAGGCCGGCUACCUCAAGUGGCGCCGCAGCCUCUACGUGCUGCAGGGCGACCGUGCGCGUGAGCUGCUGCGCCAGGUGGGUGUCGCCGAGCGCGAGUGCGACGCCGUGCGCACGUGGGUCAGCAAGACGGACCUGCAGCCGGGCAAGGAGAGCGGCGAGCUCGGCACACAGCUGCUCGAGGACGCCGCUGUGCUCGUCUUCCUACAGGAGCAGCUCGCGUCGUUUGCGGCGCAGCACGGCGAGUACCCGCGGCGCAAAUUCGUCGACAUUCUGCGCAAGACGUGGCGCAAGCUCUCGCCUGCCGGUCGCGACGCUGUCGCCGGGCUCGACUUCCCCGAGGCGCUCGCCGGCAUCAUCGCCGAAGCGACCGAGGGCGAGACGCAGGGCUCGGCCGGUGGUGAGCCGGCGGCCGCGCUCCCGGCAGCGAAGGAGCAGACUCUGGCUACAGCACUUGCCGACGUGCAUCUUGCAGACAAUGCUGCCGCCUCUACUUCAGAAGUGCAGCCGCAAGCAUUCCAUCGCACUGAGCCGACGGAGGCGGACAAGGGCGGGCGGACGUUUGGCUCGCGGUAUCUGGGCGAUGAGGACGACAUGUGGCAGCACAACGCAUGGGAUCAUGCAAAGCCGCCGCCGGAGCACGUUGCCAUGGUGGAAGGGCUGCUGGCCAAGCAACGAGAGACGCGCGUCAGCCAAGAAGACGCAGACAAGUAUCAUGCGAGCGCCGCGAGCUACUGGGACACAUUCUACUCGAGCCACGACAAUCGCUUCUUCAAGGACCGGCACUGGCUGCACCACGAGUUCCCGGAGCUCGUCGCGACCACGGCGGCAGACCGCGGGCCGUGUGCAGUCCUCGAGGUGGGGUGCGGCGCCGGCAACACAGUCUUUCCCCUGCUCGAGAUGAACCAGAACCCGCAUCUGCGCCUAUUCGCCUGCGACUACUCUUCGGAGGCUGUGCGAGUCGUCAAGUCAAAUCCCCUCUACGAGUCGCCUCCGGUCGGCUCACUGACAUCCAGCGUCUGGGACCUGUCAUCCACAUCGCCGCCCGUCUCGGCUGACAUGCCGUUCGCGGAGACUGCGGCAAAGCUGCCCGAGGGCAUCGAGCCGCACUCGCUCGACAUCGUCGUGCUCAUCUUCGUGCUCUCUGCGCUGCAUCCGCGCGAGUGGGAAGCCGCGGUGCGCAACGUCCGCACGGCGCUGAAGCCCGGCGGCAUGGUGCUUCUGCGCGACUACGGGCGGCACGACCUGCCGCAACUGCGCUUCCGUAAGGGUCGCUUGCUCGACGAGAACUUCUACGUUCGUGGCGAUGGCACACGAGUGUACUUCUUCACGCCCGACGAGCUGCAGGGCAUGUUCCGCGCCACACCGCCAUCCAUCACUGCCGACGAUGGCGAUGCCAGCACGCCGGCAGAGCCCGUCGACGAGACACAGUACGACUUCAAGACGCUGCAGCUUGCCACCGACCGGCGGCUGCUGCUCAACCGCAAGGAGCGCAAGAGCAUGUGGCGCGUGUGGAACCAGGUCAAGCUACAGUCGCUGUACAGCGAGCCGGCUGCACAAGCGCAAUAGACACUUGCAGGGCUACGAAGCAUUGAGCCGCCGAGCGAGAUCGGCGAUGCGCUGCAU